UCCAGGGAUUCGGUUUGAAAAGAGACAAGACAAGGAAAUGCUCGACAGAUCCCUCAGGCCGCCGGCGGAGGCCGGCCCCGGCGCCGCCGCUGCCGCCGGAGAGGGCCGCGGCAACGUGGAUCGGGUCCUCUUCAAGGACCUCGUCGAGAUGGUGCCCCUCGUCGAGUCCCUCAUGGACCGCAGGACGAACCCGUCAUACUCGCGGCGCGCCUCGCUCGUGUACACGCCGGCGCCGGCCAAGAAGGCUGGCGAUUUGAGAAGCGCAAAGACACCGCAGACCGUGUCGGCGAAGAAGCGCAGAGAUACUGGAGGAGACACAGGAAAGGAGAGCACGGCUGAUUUGAAUGGGGAGAAUGGCUCGGCUGUCCCGAUGGUUAUGCCGGGAGCAGAAACCAAACCCAGAGACAUCGGUGAUAUUGGUUCCCUACGUGAGCAGAUCGAUGAGCUGCAGAAGCAGCUGCUCGAGAAAGAGGAGGCACUGAGAUCUGCUGAGAAUACCGUGAGCGAGAUGAAUGCGGUGUACUCAACCAUCGAUGAGCUGAGACGCCAAGUCGCUGAGAAAGAAGCUUUAAUCAAGUAUACAAAUUCUCAGUUGCACAACGUCAAGAUAACACUUGCAGACAAGCAAGCAUAUUUAGAAAAGUUGGAAUGGGAGGUAAAGACCUCAAAUAAGAAGGUUGAAGAUCUUCAAGGUGAUGUCUCCAAUAUGGAGUUUGAAAUAAGUUCAUUGAUGACAUUAUUCGAGAAAAUCUCGGAGAAUGUUUCAGGUGAUUGUUACGAUGGUAGCAUACCAUCGGAUGAACUAGACACACUUCAGUCAGUGAGUGAAAUCGACAAGAUCGAGGUGGAGAAAAUAGAGCAGGAGAGAGUUACAUAUGCCGAAGCUCUUGCUGCUGCUAGAGAGAACCCCAGUGAAGAACGCCUGAGUUCAGUUGCUGAGGCGCGGUCAAGGCUGCAGGUCCUUGUUGUACAAUAGUUGCACGGGAUGCCAAUUGUAGUGUAUGUACGAUAACGCAUGGGGUGCCAGUUGUAGUGUAUGUACGAUAACGUUGUUGAGUCACUGAUGUAAUUACAAGUGUGGGUUUGAGAUUAUCUGUCAGUGUGACCGGUCUGACAGUAGUCAAUCAAGCAGUUGAAACUGGACAGAUACGUAGUUUGGGAAUCAUAUUUAUCCUGUUAUGAGCGCUCUGUUGUUGAUUGGAAGAAAACUCUAGCUGUCCUUUUGG